UCGUUAUUCUGGGGAUAUCUUUCUGAGGAGAUUUCUACAUGUAUCACAAACAUCGCCGCUUUAAGGCUGGCCUCGUCAACGCGAUUCGUUCAUGAUAUUGAAUCCUAUUACUCGAUCGUUUUAACGAGCCUGACUGUCAUGGUCGCCAUUGUGAUUGGCGUGAUUCAACUGCUCACCCUGGUGCUCAAUGCUGCUAAGCCAACUGGUAAAUUCUGGGACGGAGUGCAAACGGCCGGAGACUAUUAUGAUGUUAUUGGCGGUUCGAUCUGCGGAUGUUUUGUUGUUAUAGGUGGGUUGAGUGUGCUUAUAUACAAGCCGUGGAGGAGAUGGGUGGCCAAGAAGCAUCAACAUCGAAGCGGCGCAGUUGUAGAUGAAGAGGAUGCAGGGAUGACGAUUAUGAUGCCAUCUCGAAUGAAGGAGGGAGCAGCAAUGCCCAAGUGGCAGUCAACAAGUUGGGGGCAAAAAAAUUAG